AUGUCUUCUAGUAUCCAAAGCCCUUCAAGCGCAAGCCAGUAUGGGGACCCUUUGAGCAUUAAUACCGAUAGUCUUCGGGGUUUUCUAAGCCAACUCAAUGCACUGACGUCAAGUCCCGAAUCUCAAACCGCGUCGAACAUGCUUCAAGAAAUCGACCAUCAGCGUGAACGAGUCCACUCUCAAGAUGAGGAACUGAUGAAAGCCCAAAAAGAAAUCCUCAAUUUAAAAGAGAGAAAGCGAGUCACCAUAGAGGAAAUGUUUGCAGCUAACGAGAGCGUAAAGGCAAAGGAAAAAGAAGCCCUUGAUUGCCUUGAGUCACUCCGCGUCUCAGUUAUCCAAAAAGAUAAAACCCUCAAUGAUUACUCCAAACAAAUACAAGGGCUUCGACAGCAGAUAGACAGCCUUAAGUCGUCAUAUGCUUUAGAGCACGACAAAGUUUCUCAAUCAGUGAAGGAGAUCAGCACACUCCAACAGAGCUUGAAAGAGAAAGAGAAAACCAUUGACAACAUUAACAUUGCUGGAUUAAGUCUCAAAUCAAUGCUUUCAUUGACACAGAAGAAGAAGGAAGAACUAGAAGCUGAAAAGGUCUCAUUGAAUAAAGAGUUACAAUCGAGCCAAGGCCGACUCCAAAAGAUUGAAAGUUUCGCUGUUCAGCAAUUGAAGCUUGAUGAAAUUUCCAUAUCGACGAGCUUUUCGGAUCUGUGGGUCUUUGCGUCAAGCGAGAUAUCCACCGCUUUAAGGGAUAAUAUCGACGAGAAAGUUUUGAAGGACAAACCAAUAUGGGAUAAGCUUCAAAAAGAAAACUCUCAAUUUGUUCAGCAAUAUAUCCCUCUAGUGCCCUCAAACUCUCCCCAGGCUAAAGGAAUACGCGUUGCCAUGACUCUGGCUAUUCUGUCAAGGGAAAUUUGCAAACAAAUCUUCCGGCCUAAUUACAUAUUACCCGAAGAUUCUGAAAUUCAUAGAAUCAUCAGUCACCUCGCCGAGAACGAUAGCGAGAAGGAAUCUUUCUGCCGACGUUUUCUUCUCUCGAUUGAUCGCAAUGCCGAAGAAAGGAUUCUUCAUUCAAAAAUUCAGAUGGUGAUCCGCAAUGUGUCAUCACAUCUAUGGACAUUGCUCUCAGAUAACCAAUAUGAGAUAUUACGCAUAAGUUUAGGGAAAAUUGUACGGAAAGCGGCUGAAGUUUGGAAUCCAAUUCAACGAGCUCAGCAGAGAUAUGAGACGGAAUUUGACCUAGUCGAUUUUGGUGAUGAUGACUGGGAGCUUUUUCAUUUCCCUGGUGAUAACGAGAUCCCAGAUAGGCAGAAUACGACUGCUCGAGAUGUGAACAUUCUCACCGUGUUCCCCUGUAUCUCGUUAGUCAAAGAUGGAGUUCGUGAUCCUUUGACUAAAAUUAUCCAAUUGAGGAGCACACAGAAGCUGUUUAUAGCAGCGGAGUAUGAAGCUAGUCAAAUCUCCAAAAGCUCCAGGAGAUCAUCGACCCGCUCCAGACGCAGGACUAUCACUGACGACAAUCGACCAAACAGGGCCUCUUUUUUAGAAGAAAUAUCGCCGGGAUCUUGA